AUGUAUGCCCCAAGCGGCAUAGGCGUGGGUGUCGGUUUUGCCCUGACGCUACUCUCUCGGCCCAUAACAGCGUUGGGAACCAACUUCCUCAACCACACCUCGCUGCUAAGCGGCCUUGAAGAUCCAUCCUGGUUCGAAGAGAACAUCCCCUUUCUCGACGUCCCAGACGUCCAAAUCCAAGCAGUGUACUACUACCGCUACCAAACCUACAAGGAGCAUCUCGUCUACACUGGUGCCCAAUAUGGGUACAUGGCAAGUGAGUUCUUGCACCCAGUUGACUACGGCGCCCCCUACGGCGGCGUGGUAGCCGCUGCCGGCCAUCACAUCACCGAGGGCCGCUGGCUGCGCAACCGCCAGUAUGGCCAGGACAUAGCCAACUACUGGCUAUCCGGUCCCGGUACCUUCUCCAAGCCCACCUCAGAUGAUGUCAACGCCGACACGAGCGACUGGGCCCAUGAGUACAGUUUCUGGGCUGCGAGUGCUCUCUGGCGGCAGUAUCUGACUACAGGCGAUCGCGACUUUGUCGUGGGCCAGCUGGAAAACCUGGUCAAGCAGUACCGUGGGUGGGACAACCACUUCAACAGUUCUCUUGGGCUGUACUGGCAGGUUCCGGUCUGGGAUGCGACCGAGUACACGGCUGCGUCGUACGAGUCGAGCGACCCGUACCAUGGCGGUGCGGGUUACCGACCGACCAUCAACUCUUACCAGUAUGGUGAUGCGCGCGCUAUUGCUGCCAUCGCUGCCCUAGCCGGCAAUCGGGACCUCAACACGGAGUACACACAGCGCGCUGAUGCAUUGCAGAAGGCGGUGCAAGAGACAUUGUGGGACGCGAACUCGCAAUUCUACAAGCACCGGGCCCGCGACAAUAAUCCGUCUGGAGUGCUGUUGACGACCCGCGAGAUCAUGGGUUAUUUGCCCUGGAUGUUCAACUUGCCCACGGUCGCCAGUCACUCGGCAGCCUUUGGGCAGCUAAAGGACUCCCAGGGCUUUUCCGCCAGGUAUGGGCCCACGACGGCGGAGCGUCGUAGCAAAUGGUAUCUACACGAAGCCGCUACGUGUUGCCGAUGGGACGGUCCCUCGUGGCCUUUUGCCACCUCGCAGACGUUGACGGCGGUGGAGAACCUGCUGAACGACUAUCCUGCGCAGACGUACUUUUCCGCGGCAGACUACCUCAGCUUGUUGAGAGGGUACGCUGCGACACAAUACAAGAACGGGCAGCCCUAUGUGGCCGAGGCGCAUGAUCCCGAUGCGGAUGCCUGGAUGUAUGACACCCCCGACCACAGUGAGGACUACAACCAUUCCACCUUUGUGGACAACAUCAUCGCCGGCCUCAUCGGCCUGCGUGCUCAGCCUGACGACACUUUGGUCAUCAACCCAUUGGCGCCUUCGUCAUGGGACCAUUUCGCACUCGAAAACGCUGCCUACCACGGCCACAGUGUGACAGUUCUGUGGGACAGCACCGGGUCUCACUAUGGCCAGGGCCAAGGCCUGCGGAUAUAUGUUGACGGCCACCUAGCCGGCAGCCGUAGCACUUUGGGGUCUCUGACAGUCAACGUCGGGCCCGUUGUGGCGCAGACGAUUUCCUCCCAGGUCAACAUCGCCGCCAAUGGCCAAAGGUUCCCCCAGUGCACCACGCCCUCUGCCUCGUACACGUCUCCUUACGAUGAUGUCUGGCGAGCCAUUGACGGCAUUGUCUGGCGCACUGGAAUCCCGGAGAACAGUCGCUGGACCUCCUAUGGCAGCCCUGAUGCGCAAGACUACUUUGCCCUAGACCUCCGGCGACCUCAAGCUGUGUCGGACGUCAGAUUGUACUUUUACGACGACGGUAGCGGCGUUCGGCGGCCGGCCAGCUACGACCUCCAGUAUUGGACCGGCGACGCCUGGGUCACGGUGCCCAGCCAGCAACGCAGCGGGGGGUCCAUGUCCGCUGCUACCUCCAACAGUCAAACCAAGAUCAGCUUUCCGACCAUCGUCACCUCGCAGCUGCGUGUGGUAGCACCCAACCCGGGCGCCGGCAACGGUUGGGGUUUGUCCGAAUUUGAAGUUUGGACCUCGGCCGUGUUCCAGCUGCGCAACGAGAACAGCGGCAAGCUCAUGGGGGUCGCCGGCAUAUCGACGGCCAACAGCGCCAAUAUCCAGCAGUACGACGACAACAGCACGCGCGACUACCUGUGGGAGUUUGUGCACGCCCCGGGCGGCUGGUUCAAGAUCAGGAACCUCAAUAGUGGUCUCUUGCUGGGCGUGCAGGGCGCGUCGACCGCCAAUAGCGCUUUGCUUCAGCAGUAUGAAGAUAACGGCACCAGUGACCAUCUUUGGCGAGUCGUCUCCCAAGGGAACGGCCUUUUCUUGCUGAAGAACAAGAAUAGCGGUCUCUUUGCUGGCGUGGAUGGCAUGUCGACUGCCAAUAGCGCGAAUAUCGUGCAGUUUGAGGACAAUGGGACCAAGGAUCACUUGUGGAGCAUUCUCCCCGCGGUACCAGCCAGCUGA